CCGACCAACCCGGGACCGGGUGUAGUGUAAAGCAUGUUGGCGUACGGUCCACUCCGUUCAGUACCAGUUUACACCUGACCACGUGCACUUGUGUUUCCGCCGUUCUUCGAUUGGUGCGCUAGGGGGGGAAGGUUAGGGUGGCAACUCGUCAGGACUUCCUUCAGCACACGAACACGGUGGUGCACUGGAAGAAAUAAAUUGUUGAUUUUAAAAAUUCAUUACCAUCCACAGUGUGUGUGCGCUACUUUUGGAACUGACAAAGUCCGGAAAAUUUCACACGAAAGCUCAGCCGGAAAAUCCACGUGAAAACUCACAACAACUCCGGGUGUAGCGUACAGGGAAAGUGAUUUCCGUUUCCGCGACUUUGAUUCGCGUUAGUUAAUCGCAUCGUGUGAAGAGCAAGGAAAAACGUUGCAGCAGCAGUGGGUGGUGAAACGAAAGUGAAAUUCGAACAGUUGGUUGGCGCGCGCGAAAUUUCCCGGCCAGAGGAAAAAACUUCAACAUUAUUUGCGCGGGCUUUUCGUGCUGUAACCUUCUGACAUCACGUUUAAGAGAACCCCGUUGUUGUCUGUCGUCUGUGACGGAUAACUCAAUCGAUCGUACUUUUUCGUCGAAGGACCUCCCCCAGGAUAUGUUCCACCACUUGAGCAGCUCGCAUCGCAACCAUUGAUGGUCGUUCCGAAGGUCGCAGUGGCCACCGUGAUUCCGCAGCCCGCCGGAAAGAUGGCCCCACCGGGUCCUGUUCGGGACCGGCGGAGAAAAACCCACGGCCUGUACUUCCACUCAUCGCCACCGAAAGUAUUACAAAUGAACAAUCAAAAUCUACAACGAGACAAUGACAACAAAACCAAAGACGCUUUAGUGAUAAAACCGUCCAACAUACGGAUAUGGCUGCACCAGAAGCACAUCGCGAAGCUGACCAAGGUGUUGUGGGCCGGCCAGGGAAUGCGCCUGCGGACGGAAACUUCGCACCAUCCCAAAAUGAAACGCUUUCUGGAGUGUGUGCCACAUGUUAUGGGUGUCAUCAAGGACAUCCACCAGGCCGUGGUGGACAACGAUCUAGACACGCUGAAGGAGCGGACGGCCAGUCCGACGCCCCGGAUCGUGCUGACGAGCAAGGAUGCCAACGGGCUGACGCCGCUGCACAAAGCUGCCGGACUGGCGCACACCCAGAUUGUCGAGUACAUCCUGUCCAUUUGGCCGAGUCUCUCGUCGGACGAGGACCACACCGGGAAGACUCCGUUGCAUUGGGCGGCCAGUGCCAAGAACAACGCGCGUAGUUUUAAUCUGCUAGUGCAGGCCGGGGCCGACGAGGCCGCGCUGGAUCACCGGGACAAACCGGCCGAGUAUUACAAGAACAAGCCGAGCGAGAUCGACCGGUCGCUGCUGACGGUGAUCCCGGAGGCACCGCGCGUGUCCCAGCAGGGCUUUCCGGCGUACUUCGACUGGGCCAUGUUCACGAUCGACGAGGAUUCCGACGAUAGCAACGGUUCGAGAAUGAAACCAUUUUUGUCGCAAAAUAACUUACUAGAUAACGAUGUAAAUAGUUACGAUAGUGUUUCCAAGUCAAAAUCAGUGCACAAUCUUACUAACGGGACGCUAACCGAUCUCCCGAACGACGGCGAGGGCGAGUCCGAAGCCAAGAACAAGGAUUCGGAGGAGGAGGAGGAGGUGGAAACUGCGGCAAAUCCUACCGAAUCGGCUGGUGAAGAAGACACUGGCGACGACGGAGCCGUAGUCGAAGCCGAAGAAGAACAACAGGACAACGACCAGCAAGCCGAGGAGGAAGAAGCGGUGAUCAACGGAGCCGCUGAGGAGGAGGAGGAGCAGGAGGAAAGUAACCCAACCGAACAAGUCACGAAUCAGGCUGAAACUGAAGCUACAGGAGACAGGGACGGUGGCGACGACGGCGGUAAAGUCGUCACGGCUGAUGAUGCUGCUGCUGCUGAAAAUGAGCAAACUGAGCAAAACAUUGAAACUGGCGAGUGUGAGCAGGUGGCCGAUGGAGAGGAAACCGGCGAGGUUGACGAUGGUGGGAAAAAGGAAGUUGACGUUGAUGAUGGAACGCAUGAAGUUGCUGGAGUUGACACGGUUGUGGAUGAUUUGGUCAAGGGUGCGAUUACGAGCGCCAAGAGCGUUAGAGGGGGAGAUGGAGUUGAUGGGAUGGCAAAUGGCGUGGAUGUUGGUGGGGAGUUUGAAGCGAAUGGAGAGCUCACGAACGAUAGUCUGGAGAGUGAUGCUUUGGGUGCGAACGGUGGAGAUGAGGAAGAGAUUGAUCAAGACAGCCUGAACAAGCCGGACGAAGAGGUUGAGAACGGUUCGGUGGGCAACAGAGAGAUUUCAGCGCAAAGUAAGACAGGAACUCGCAACUCUUCGGCGGCGACGCUGGUUGGAAAAGGUUCACGACCGUCAACCGUAACGAUUUCGAAUCAUUCUGUUGAUAGGAAUGGAAACUCGGCUGCAUCAGGUGGGAGCAGAGUAUCAUCUGCUGUUGGAGAUAAUUUGAGCACCUCCGCAAAUAAUUCUGCCAAAUCCAGACCGGUGAGCAGCAGCAACUCUGAGCAAUCGACGGUAAAGAUCAACUCGGCAACAUCUAAGAAAACGAUUCCAGACUCUGCAAAGUCGAUGUCGAAUGGCUUCGGAAGCCGAAAUGGAUCAGCCAUUUCUGUCAUUGAAACGAAUAACAAUCAGGACGAUCAGUCCGUAGAACAUGACAACCAAUCAACCGGAACUAGACCACCGUCAAGGGUCGUCAGUGGCCGUGAACUAUCGGCCACAUCUAGAGCUCAAUCGACCUCCUCGACGGUUCGCAAUGGCUCGGCCUCGUCGGGAGUGGACCGCAAGCAGCAAAGGUCGGCCAAAUCCGGCACCUCGCAGAAGAGCCGCCGAGACGUCGCUGAAGAUGGCGAUGACAAGAGCGACUCGAACGAUGACUCAAAUCAAGCCGAUGUUGAAAUAAUUCAUUACAAGAGUAGCAAUGAGGCUGGACCCGCCGAGGACAGAGCGCCCUCCGACACCAAUAAAAACGACGAGCCGGCUCAAAAUGAGGUCAAUGCAGAAGAGCCUGUUGAGCCCGAACCCGCCGUCGACGCCAACGACGACGACGAACCCGACGACAAAGUUGCGUCUCCCAGCCCGGCACUGGAGAUUGCCGGAACCGUCCUGGGCGAACCGGAUGGAGGCCAACUGCACAGUGCUCAACCAUCCGGCGACGGUCUAGACUCGCCCAAUGAGGAUCGCUCCGUGCGGGACGUCAUCGAGACCGGCGACAUGGAGCAGCUGGCGGUGAUCGUGCUGAACGGCGAGGGCAAGAAGCUGCUCGGGCAGCGGUCCGAGCUGCCGGAAAUUCAAGCCUUCCUAGAUAACGUGCCUUCCUACAUGAACAAAAUCCGGCGCGUGCACGUGGCCGCUCGCGACGGCAGCCUGCGUGACCUGCAGUCGGCGCUCGACCGCCGGAAGUUCGCCACGGCCCGGGACGAAAUCUCGCCGCACGGUGCCACCCCGCUGCACGUGGCCACCAUCUUCGGACACUCAGGUAUUGUCAGAUAUUUAGCUGGUCGCUUUCCGGAGACGACCAGCGCAACGGACAACAACGGCCGAACUCCGAUGCACUAUGCGGCCACCUUGAAGGACAACGGACACUUCUACAACUUGCUGAAUCACUUGGGGGCAAAUCCAAAGGCGGAGGAUAAUUUGAAUCAUCCAGCCGAGUAUUACCUGAACCACGACGAAACCAAGGAUCUACUGUCUCACCGUCAGCUGCUGCAGGACUAUGGCGCCGAAGAAGAUCUCGCCGAUGAUAUGCUCAACGAUCAAGUGCCCGACGAUCUGCACAGUGCCCGCCGGGAGUUGGACGAUGUGGACACGCUGACGACGCUGGAGCGUUGCUUUAAGAUUAUCCACGAACCGGUCGCCGACCUGCUGAAGACGGUGACGCUUCCGAGCAACAGUGUCCCCGGCAGUGCUUCCUCGUUGCGAGUGCUGGUUACUUCCUAUUUGGCGCGAUUCCUGAAGAGGAGUGUUUUCGAUACAAUCAAGAAACGGCAAACUAAGCUCGAUCACAAUCUGUUCGAUGUGAUUUGGCCUGCGAUGAAGAAGGUGACCAAGGAGCGGAAAAUCGAUGAAGAUCUAAACGCGGGAAUCGUGAUACCAGACUACGAUGUGUUUGUGGUGUUUCAAGAGUUUCUUGUCCCGCUGAUCCAGGAUAUGCACUGCAUGGAAGUGCAGCCGAACUUUGAACCACAUCCGCCGAUGCAAUUCUUCCCACGGUAUGUGAUGACCGAAACUCAAAAUGAAACGCACGAGAGCAACGGUAACGUUCUCCGGGAGAAUCCCAACGAGAUCCAGCUGAAUCUGGACACUUCCGGGCGGUUCAUUACCGGAGCGGUUGUCGAGUGCUGUCGGAACUUGGACGCCUUUGAGUUUCCGCUGAAUCUUAGCAUAGCACAACUAGAAAGGGCAGAACGUAUUCUAACGUCGAAGAUUUUGUCGAUGCUGUUCGCCAACGCCAUAGGCGAGGACGAGCUGGGGACGUACUACACAAUGAACGAAAUCCUCGAGAGCCAAUCCGAGAUACGAACGAUUCUCGCUACCAGCGGACUGUUGAUUCCCAUGCUGGACCAUUCCGAUCCAUACCAAACGGCGGAAUCCAUCGCACUCAACGGUCGAUACUGGCCGUACGGUCGAGGAGUCUACGUAAGUCACAACCAAGAUCUAGUAGCGUGGAUCAACGCUCAGGAGCACCUGCGAGUAAUGUGCUGUACAAGCUCGAAAAAUCCAGCGGACAUCGGAAUCGCAUAUUCCAAAAUUGGUCGCGCCAUGAACUUCCUCGAGGACAAAAUUCAGUUCAAGCACAGCUACUUCCUGGGAUAUCUAACGUCACGACCUUCCUAUCUCGGCACCGGACUCAAAAUCACGCUCACCCUGGAACUUCCCCACCUUAACAAAGAAAAGGAAAACCUGCGCCAUCUCUCCCAGGCUCGCGGACUGUACCUCCUAACUUCCUCAGAUAACCAACAAUCCGUCCGGAUGAGCAACACGCGCAGCCUGUCCCAGAGCGAGUGGCAAAUCUUCCAGGACUACACCGGUGCCAUCACCAACAUCGUUGCGCUCGAAAAGGACCUGUUGAUGUCCAACUCGAUGCACAUUGCCGCCACGUUGUUGAAGAUAUUUCAAUUGAGCGACGCACAGGUUGAGAUACCAUUGUUUCGAACAGAGGAGGGCAGAUAUCUAGCGACAUCCCUCGGUGACCCACUGAUCAAAGGACUCACCGAGGUGGCCAACCGACGCCCGGCCGAUCCGAUAACCUAUUUGGCCACGUAUCUGUACAACUUUGCAAACCAGAGCCGCAACAAAACCAGUGCCAGCAGCCAGACGACAUCGGAGCGAGCGACAACCCUGCAGAAAAGUGACUCCAACAACAACAGCAUCGACCUCGCCGUCAAGGAAGACUCCGAGCAGGAGCUGGAGAGCGGAGUGCCGCAGCCGACCAACAAACCUCCUCCCGUUAGCAACGGAGUUGCGGAAAUGCCGCUGGAGCGGGAAGACCAGGGACCUCCGUCGCCGGACGACUCGGACAGUGCGGUGUCCAGCGAUAAUCGAGAUGAACACGGUCAAAGCAUGCUGCACUUUGCCUGUGCCAGGUCGCACGGCAAGAACGCCCUGAUUCAGCUGAUUGAGGAAUCGGGCAUCAGCGUGACCUACCGGGACGAGCUGUACCGUACGGCGCGGGACGUUUCGCUGCAGGCCACCCAGCCGGACAAUGCCCGGGAGAUUGACCGGUUUGUGCUGGGGAUGGCCGCUCGCGGAGAUCUGGACGCGCUCACCGGCAUGUUACUGGACGGGUACGAUCACAUCGUGGAUGUGGCGGGAACCGACGGGACGACAAUCCUGCAGGUGGCUUCGUCGCGCGGUCACCGGGAUGUGGCGGAGUUUUUGGAAGGGGCGCGGGAGUUUGAGGAAAAACGCGAGAACCUGCUGACCGCCAUCCGAGAGAAAAACUUACCCAAGGCGAAAGAGAUCCUCCAAACGCCGGAAGGGCAGAAGCUUGCCCGCGCCAAAAAUUACUACGGUCGCUGCUCGCUGCACAUCGCCGUGCUGAUGGAGAACGAGGACAUUGUGGAGUAUUUGGCGUCUAAUUUUCGAGCCACGCUCAAAGUCGGAGAUAAUUUGGAGCGCACUCCCAUUCACUAUGCGAUGGGCAUCAGCAACGUGGAGGCGAUCAGUCGAAUUUUGAUCAAGAAUGGGGCUAAACGGGUGAUGAAGGAUUUGAAGGGUCGACAGCCGAGCUACUACUUUAUGAACAAGGCGGAUAUUUUGCGCUUGCAGGAGGAGGAGAGAGAAUAAAGGGUUGAUGGGAGGAUUGAUACAUGUUUCACAUAAAAUUGUUAAAUUUGUGUUAAAUUGUUGGUCCAGAAUGUUGAUUAGAUUUGUUGUAACAUGAAAUGGUAGCAUGAAAUGUAUUGAAAUAUUUUAUUUAAAUAAAGAUUUUCAUUAUCAC